AUCAAGGAGCAAUGCCUGAUGGUCUCUUCAUCCCUCAAAAGGGGGAGAUUUGCCCCCAGAAGGGCAAUGAGAGGCAGCCAGGGAUGUUCCACACUAGAGGCUGCACCAGGGUUCGUCCAGGCUUUGUUGGGGCCCCAUCAGGCUUCUGUGGCCAUGGCCAAGGGGCUGAGCAUGUGAAGUGGGGCUGGAGCUGUUCUCCUGGCUCACUUGCAUUUUGCGUCCUCACGGACGUUUUCACAGUAAAACCCAAAGUCGGCCGAGAUGUCAGGAGUGAUUGCUGUGCAGGUACAGUCAUUUAUCUUCUUCUACUAAGAAUAACCCUGCAGCAGCCAAAUGCCUCUCAUACAUCGAGAAAGGAAAAGAAAAAAAAAAAAAAAAAAAGCCCAGUGAGAACGCACAGUUUUACUAAAUCUAAGAGAGGGAAAAAAAAAAAAAAGCCCAAACCUCCCGGUGCUUUUAUAGCGUGAGCCAAUACCGAGAGGCGCUCACUCACACAGCAGGAGCCCGGCAGGGAGGGUCCUCACUGCCUGUGUCAGGGCAGCAGGAAGGGGAGGACGAGGGGGAAGCGGGGUGGGUGUGUGCCCGUGUCUGUCAGUGUACCUGUGUCGCUCUGGCUGUUUGCACCUCAGCCAUCGGGAGUGAGAGGUGGCGUGGGGCUGUGUGCCCGCGGAGCAACAGGACACAGGACGCGACCUUGCAACAGCAGCAGGAGAGAGAAGGCUCGCGAGACACCCAAAAAUGGCUACGGUGGUGGCCACAUUCCCACCCGCCAACCUCACCCUCAACCAGAGCAGCUGCAACGUGCACAACCACCACUUCUCCGCCAAGGUCACCUUCUCCCUUUUCUACACUGCCCUGCUGGUGUUCGGCGCCUGCGGCAACAUCCUGGCGCUCUGCAUCACCUUCCAGCGCAGGAAGAAGAAACUCAACUCCACUGACCUCUACCUGGUGAACCUGGCCCUGUCCGAUGCCCUCUUUACGCUAGCGCUGCCUGGCAGGAUCGCCUACUAUGUCCUGGAGUUUGACUGGCCCUUCGGGGACGGGUUCUGCCGGGUCACCGCCUUUGUCUUCUACAUGAACACCUACGUGAGCAUCUACUUCAUGACCUGCGUCAGCGUGGACCGCUACAUCGCGGUGGUGCGCACCAGGCACCCUGGCAGGGCCCGCAGGGUCAGCCGCGCCAGGGCUGUCUGCGCCCUCGUCUGGUUCCUGGUGUGCCUGCAGACGGCACCACUGCUGCUGCGGCCCAUGACGCGCCGGAUGGGUGACAAGCUGACGUGCAUGGAGUACUUCAACUUCGAGGAGAUUCCCAAGCUGCCCUACAUACUCCUGGUGGCCUGUGUGCUCGGCUUCUUCCUGCCCGUGGGCAUCAUUUUGGUGUGCUAUGUGCAGAUCAACCUCAAGCUCUGCCAGACCGCCAAGGAGAACCCGCUGACGGUGAGGAACGGGCACCACCGCCGGGCCUUCACCGUCAUCUUGGUGGUGCUGCUGGCUCUCCUGCUCUGCUUCAGCCCCUACCACAUCAACAUCGUCCAAUUCAUGGUCAGGAAGAUCCUCCACCAGCCGUCCUGCCGCGAGCAGCAGGCCUUCAAGAUGUCCCUGCAAGUCACCGUGGCAUUCAUGAACUUCAACUGCUGCAUCGACCCCAUCAUCUACUUCUUUGCCUUCCGGGGCUACAAGCGGAGGCUGCUCCGCAUCUUCAGGAACAGUGGCUCCACAGCCACCUCCUCCACCGCCAAGACCCCCUCUGAGAGCAACAGCAACAGCCAGCCGCCCGGCUCCAGCUCUGUCUAGCGGCGUGACCCUCCCGUUCUCUCCAUCUGGCAGUGCGUGGAACAUUCCCUGCAGCAGCAGUGGGGCCGGGCCGCAGAGCAGGACCAGACCCCACUGCACUGCCUGGAGCCAGGGGCUCUCGCACAGCCAACCCCAGCACCAACCCAGCUGCUGCCUGCAGCUCCUUCCCUGCGGGGAUGAAGAUCAGCUUGCUGCUGUCCCUCCACCACACACUGCAUGGGGUGGGUGGCAAGUGGGCACCCUGUGGGCAGAUCCUGGUCUCCUCCGUGGCACUGGGAGGAGGUGCAGGGUUCCCCGCAAUGCUCUCCAGGAAAUCUUCACUCCACCCUUCCCAUAAAAUGGACUGAUGGUGGUCUUACAUGGCCUUGGCUGAUCUUCCCUUGAACCCGCGGACCUGGGACGUGAGCCAGCCCAGGCUGGUCCUGGGGCCUUGCUACGGGCAGGUCACGCACGACCCUCACCAGAGCCCUGAGGCAUCUGGUUCCCAUCAAAACCUGUGCAGCAAGGAGAAGGUUGGUGUGACCGAGGAGCUCCACAGCUCCGCUCUGAAGCUGCUGGACUAUGAGGCUGGACACAAGCGAAUCAGAUUUCAUGGUGCCUGGUCUUGUACUGAAGGCUGGAAGGGCCAGAGAUAUGCACGGGGACAUGAAGAGGAGGAAAAACAGCUUUCUUUUGCUUAACUUUAAAGCAGUUCCAUUAAUGAUACUUUUGAUUAAUAGGAGUCGUUCACAAAGGCAGUAACAUUUCCUUGUUGCUUGAAGGUUAAUAAUACAGGUGUGUGCAGCCCUUUAA